CUCUUUGGGGGUAUAAAAGCGCGCCACUGACCACAGACAGCAUCCAGUCAAAGGUUUGGAAUCGCUUGUGAUUCUACAAUCCUUCCACAGUCUAUUUCGCUCCUUGGCAAGUCCCAACAGACUCCACAAUGAAAGUCUUCAUCUGUUUAGCCGCUCUGCUGGUGGCCUCCGCCUGCGCCAGCAAAACCGAGGGUGAGAAGGUGCCGCUGGAGAAGAAGCUGGACAAGCGCGGUCUGCUCGACCUGGGCUACGGUUACGGCCACGCUGGCCUAGACACCGGCUACCUGGGCCAUGGCUCGAUCUCCGGACACGGCAGCUACGGACAUGGCUACGGACUGACCGGACACUCGGCUCCCGCCGCCAUCGCUGUGGGCCACAGCGGUCCAGCGAUCGCCGUCGGACACACCGCCCCCGCAGUGGCCGUCCACCAUGCCCCCGCCCCCUAUGUGAUCAGCAAGCAGGCCGAUGUCCACAAGACCAUCACCAUCACCAAGGGAAUCCCAGUGCCCGUGCAUGUGGACCGCCCCUAUCCCGUCGUUCAUGAGAAGCGCGUGCCCGUCGAGGUUAAGGUGCCCGUGCCCCAGCCCUACGAGGUCAUCCGUAAGGUUCCCGUGACCGUUAAGGAGUACGUCAAGGUGCCCGUGCCAGUGCCCCAGCCCUACGAGGUGAUCCGUCACGAGAAGGUGCCCGUCCAUGUGCCCGUCGAUCGUCCCGUGCCCGUUGAGGUGCCCCGCCCAUACCCCGUGCCGGUGGCCAAGCCCUAUCCCGUCUACGUGGAGAAGGCCGUCAAUGUCCAGGUGCCCGUCCAUGUGGACCGUCCCUACCCAGUCUACGUGAAGGUGCCCGUCGUCUCGCACUCCGUGGUGAAGCACGCCCCCACCGUGGCCGUCAGCAGCUACCCCGUCAGCGCCAUCGGACACAGCGGCUAUGGACACAGCGCCAUCGGACAUGACGCCUCCGUCUAUGCCGACCAUCAUGGUUACCACAAGUAAGCGAAGAGACGGAAACGGAAACCGGAAGCGGGCUAUUCCAUUGGAGCAUAGAGCGGACUUUCUGGAAAUGAGCCGAAGGAAAUCUAGCAACAUUUUCAAUCAGCCUACCCUUCCCAUCCGAUCAAAAGAAAAACACUUACAACUAAAUAUACCCCCGGGAAGUCCAACUUCCGACCUGCCACUCUCUGUAGCUGUUAAGAACCAAACCCCAAGAUGAAACAAGCAAUGCCUUUUGUAAAUUAUUUCCAAUCCAGCCAUCCAAUGGAAGCCAUUGUGCUUGGCCCAGAACACCCAGGUUUAGGAUAAAUACCAGCUAACCGUUUGUAAAUUUCACCAUUUAUGGACCGUUUAGCUGGCCACGUUUAUCAGUGAAAGGUUUCGGCGCACAAUGAAUUGAAAAUGGAUAGCAACAGAAAUAUCUAUGUGAAAAUCUAUUAAGGACAAAUAAAAUAAAAUGUAUAAAAUAAA